AUGUCUGUUUUAGUUUCAGGGGCUACAGGUUUCAUUGCACAACAUGUCGUUGAUUGUUUAUUAAAGGAAAAUUACAAGGUAAUUGGUACAGCCAGAUCUCAAGAAAAAGCUGAUGAUUUAAAAAAGCAAUUUAACAAUUCUAACUUAUCAAUGGAAGUUGUUCCAGAUAUUUCAGAUCUUAGUGCCUUUGAUCAUGUCUUUCAAAAGCAUGCAAAAGAUAUUAAAUUUGUUUUACAUACCGCUUCACCAUUUUACUUUAAUACCACAGAUUAUGAAAAAGAUUUAUUAAUUCCUGCCAAAAACGGUACUGUAGGAAUAUUAGAAUCCAUUAAGAAAUAUGCACCACAAACUGUUGAACGUGUGGUUAUUACAUCUUCUUUUGCUGCUAUAUUUGAUGCAGAACUACCAGCAAAUAAAAAUACCAUUUAUACUGAAAAAGAUUGGAGCCCUGCUACUUGGGAAACUUCUCAGAAGAAUGCUGUGAUAGCAUACUGUGGUUCUAAAAAAAUUGCAGAAAAGGCUGCCUGGGAUUUUUUGGACAGAAAUAAAAAUAUUGUUAAAUUCAAAUUAUCAAUUGUUAACCCUGUAUAUGUAUUUGGCCCUCAAGUCUCUUCAAGUAAAGUUACUAAUACUUUGAAUACCUCAUGUGAAGUUAUUAAUGCUGUUUUAAAAUCAAAACCAACAGAUUCUUCUGGUAAAGAUGUAAUGGGAUAUUUCAUUGAUGUUCGUGAUGUUGCUAAGGCACAUUUAGCUGCAUUCCAAAGAGAGGAUACAAUUGGUAAGAGAUUAUUUAUGUCUAAUAGUCCUUUCAGCUCUCAAACCAUCUGUAAUAUUAUUCACGAAGGGUUUCCACAAUACGACGGGGAAAUUCCUCCUUUUGAAGAAGAUUCCAAGUUGCUCGCUAAUGAAGUUCCAUAUGUUUGUAACAAUAGAGCGACUAAGGAACUAUUAGGUUGGGAAUUUAUCUCAUUGAAAAAAUGUGUUGAUGAUACCGUUACCCAAAUUGCAAAUGUCAAAAGUUAG